AUGUCGAACCAGGGCUACUACGGCGGCGGACAGCCUCAAUACGGUGCACCUCCUCAGCAAUACGGACAGCCACAAUACCCUCAGCAGGCAUACGGCGGAGGAUACGGUGGACCACCACCGCAACAGAUGCAAUAUGCUCAGCCUCAGGUGGUUUAUGCUCAGCCGCAAAAGCAGAAGAAGGAUCGUGGCUGUCUCGGAGCUUGUCUCGCGACACUCUGCUGCUGCUUCCUCUGCGAAGAGGGCUGUGAAUGCUGUGCAGAUUGUUGUGAAUGCUGCAUGGACUGUUGCUAA